GACAUGAGAGCGGAGACCUAAGCUUGUCUCAAAUUCACGCUUUCUCUUAGGCUUCGUAAUGAAAAGUCAAAAAGACCCUGGAGCACUUUCCAAUUUACGAUAUUAGUAACUGAAAUCAGUGGAGAGAGUGCAAAAAAAAAAAAAUUUCUUCCCCUUAGCCCCUAUUCUUCUUGCAUUGGUCGAUCUCACUGCGAAGAAAUUAGAGCUCCGACGGCAGCUUGUUCUGGUAACCGGAAAUUGGACGCCAUGUCACCGGGAGAAACGGUUUCCCGGUCACCUCUGGAUAAGCCUCUCAACCAGCACGAGGAUGACAUUUCUCAGGUCACUCGAGAUUGCCGCCGUUACCUCAAAGAGAAAGGGAUGCGGAGACCGUCGUGGAACAAAUCGCAAGCGAUUCAGCAGGUGAUCUCGCUGAAAAAUCUUCUUGAAAUGAAUUCAGAUUCCGACGGCGCCGAUGCUCGGAAGAAGCUUUACAUUCCCUGUCCCGAAUAUCCUCCUCGCGUCGUUUCUGAUUCAACCGUUCUACCGAACGAAAUGACACCGCACAACGGGAUCUUGGCUCCAGCCAACGAACCCAUCCCUUAUCCCCGUUCAAAUCCCUCUAAAUCUGAAUUUUCCGGUGAUAGUUCCGGUCGAAAUAUCGCCGCCGGAAAUGAUUCCGUUUCUCCAAGAACUGCAGGUGCAGCAGCAAAAGAGCCAGGAGGACAGAUGACAAUCUUUUACUGUGGAAAAGUGUAUGUCUAUGAUGAUAUACCUGGUUGUAAGGCUGAAGCAAUCUUGCAACUUGCAGCUAGCCCAGUGCUAUUUCCUCACGAAAUUCUAGCCGAUCAACGGACCACACCGUGGUCCAUUCCAUGCCAUUCGCAGGCUGCAAGCGUCAAAACAAGCCCAUGCUCGCCUAUGGUUAUAUUGCCACCUCAGCAAACAGUAAAUUUAGCAGAAAACUGUCAGUUUCCUCGAGAAGAGUGCAACGCAUCUCUUGAAAAUAACCUUGAAGGACCUACUAGCAGAAAAGCAUUGGUGCAAAGAUAUCUUGAGAAGAAGAAAGACAGGUUUAAGAACAAGAGAAAGUUGGCAACGUCUUCAUCUCCUACCUUUGACAUCUACUUAAAUCAAAUGGGAGAUCAGUUUUCAAAUGAGAAACAAGUGAACUGUGCUUUUCUCCCAUGCCGAAGCACCUCGCACAUCUCUCGAGUGCAGCUCCAUUGAAAUGUUGCAAAGAUUGCUGGUCUUCCUACUCCCGACGGAAAAGAUGGAUUCAAAAUAUGAGCUUUGAUCGGAGCCAUGAGUUGGUGGGUAAGGACUAGGCAUGGUGAUUUCAUCUAAGAGUUUGUAACAUAAUAGUUAACUUGUUUUAUCAGUUGCGGCCAUUAUUAUUACUUAGCUAAAUGAGGAAUCUAGUUUAGUCGGUGUCGCUGUAAGCUUUUAUGAUCACGUGGCAGCCGAAGAGAAACAAGUAUGGUGUCCCAUGGUCAUUUUAAGCAUAUCCAGGCUUUUCAAGUCGUUUAACAAAUCGUCCUUACGAAAUUUGGAAACAAAC